GUGCCAAACGCGGUGGAAUUCUGACUACUAUGGAAAGAGGAGUGAAAAACUAGGAGUAUUUUCUUUGAAUCAUCCAUUGAUUUCUUCACAAGAGCUUUUGAGGCAUUCUGAACUAUUUCGGAAGCACGAGAAGAUUCCGUAACUGAGAGGCAUUCUUCUAGCUGCUGGAAAAAAAAAAUAAUUACAGAAGGAAACCCUUUCCCCAAUUUUGCUUCAAGCUCUGAAUAAAGGAGCACACACUGGGAGCUUAGUCUUGCUUGUGGAUCGAACUAAAUCCUGUAGGAGCGAUGAACUGGGACUUGGUGUUUGGACUCUUGGCUGGAUCUCUGUAGGACCGAGUUUAUGUUGUUGAAACUGUGGGGCCGAGAGGCCCUGAAGCCAGCAGGUGCUGUCUGUAUGGAGAAGAGCGGCUGUAGUCCAUUUCCAGUGUGUUGGGCAAAAGAAUAUGACAGAUACCUAGCACCUAGCAAAAUAAUGGCAGCUGCUUACCUUGACCCAAACUUGAAUCACACUCCAAAUUCAAGUACCAAGCCUCACCUCAGUACUGGUGUGGAACGUUCCCCUGGGGCGAUGGAACGAGUGUUAAAAGUCUUUCAUUAUUUUGAAAACAGUAGUGAGCCAACCACAUGGGCCAGUAUUAUCAGGCAUGGAGAUGCUACAGAUGUCAGGGGCAUCAUUCAGAAGAUAGUGGACAGUCACAAAGUGAAGCACGUGGCCUGCUAUGGAUUCCGUCUCAGUCACCUGCGGUCAGAAGAAGUUCACUGGCUGCAUUUGGACAUGGGUGUCUCCAAUGUGAGAGAGAAGUAUGAACUUGCACACCCACCUGAAGAGUGGAAAUAUGAAUUGAGAAUUCGUUAUUUGCCAAAAGGAUUUCUAAACCAGUUUACUGAAGAUAAGCCAACUCUGAAUUUCUUCUAUCAACAGGUGAAGAGUGAUUAUAUGUCAGAGAUAGCUGAUCAAGUGGACCAGGAAAUUGCUUUGAAGUUGGGAUGUCUAGAAAUACGGCGGUCAUACUGGGAGAUGCGAGGCAAUGCUCUAGAAAAGAAGUCAAACUAUGAAGUAUUAGAAAAAGAUGUUGGUUUGAAGAGAUUUUUUCCUAGGAGUUUACUGGAUUCGGUCAAGGCCAAAACACUAAGAAAACUGAUCCAACAAACUUUCAGACAGUUUGCCAACCUUAACAGAGAAGAAAGUAUUCUGAAAUUCUUUGAGAUCCUCUCCCCGGUGUACAGAUUUGAUAAAGAAUGCUUCAAGUGUGCUCUGGGGUCAAGCUGGAUUAUUUCAGUGGAACUGGCCAUUGGUCCAGAAGAAGGAAUCAGUUACCUCACAGACAAGGGCUGCAAUCCAACACAUCUAGCCGACUUCAAUCAGGUGCAGACCAUUCAGUAUUCCAACAGCGAAGACAAGGACAGGAAAGGAAUGCUGCAGCUGAAAAUAGCAGGUGCCCCCGAGCCUCUGACAGUGACAGCACCAUCCCUGACCAUUGCAGAGAAUAUGGCUGACUUGAUAGAUGGGUAUUGCCGGCUGGUAAAUGGAGCCACGCAGUCCUUCAUCAUCAGGCCCCAGAAAGAAGGAGAACGGGCUUUGCCAUCAAUACCAAAACUGGCCAACAGUGAGAAGCAAGGUGUGCGAACACAUGCUGUCUCUAUGUCAGGAGUCAGUCACUGCCAACACAAAGUUAAGAAAGCUAGGCGCUUCCUUCCUUUGGUCUUCUGUUCCCAUGAACCUCCUUCUGCGGAUGAAAUUAGUGGGGACGAAACAGAUGACUAUGCUGAGAUUAUAGAUGAAGAAGAUACUUACACUAUGCCCUCAAAAAGCUAUGGAAUAGAUGAAGCGAGGGAUUAUGAGAUUCAAAGAGAAAGAAUAGAACUUGGGCGAUGUAUUGGAGAAGGCCAAUUUGGAGAUGUACAUCAAGGCAUUUACAUGAGUCCAGACAACCCAGUUUUGGCAGUCGCAAUUAAAACAUGUAAAAACUGUACGUCGGAUAGUGUGAGAGAGAAAUUUCUUCAAGAAGCCUUAACAAUGCGGCAGUUUGACCAUCCUCAUAUUGUGAAGUUGAUUGGCGUCAUUACAGAGAAUCCUGUCUGGAUAAUCAUGGAACUGUGUACACUUGGAGAGCUGAGGUCAUUUUUGCAAGUAAGGAAAUACAAUUUGGAUCUCGCCUCUUUGAUCCUGUAUGCCUAUCAGCUCAGCACAGCUCUUGCAUAUCUAGAGAGUAAAAGAUUUGUACACAGAGAUAUUGCUGCUCGGAAUGUUCUAGUGUCUUCAAAUGAUUGUGUAAAGUUAGGAGAUUUCGGAUUAUCCCGAUAUAUGGAAGACAGCACUUACUACAAAGCUUCCAAAGGAAAAUUGCCUAUUAAAUGGAUGGCCCCAGAAUCAAUCAAUUUCCGACGCUUUACCUCAGCUAGUGAUGUGUGGAUGUUUGGUGUGUGUAUGUGGGAGAUACUCAUGCAUGGUGUGAAGCCUUUUCAAGGAGUGAAGAACAAUGAUGUGAUCGGUCGAAUUGAGAAUGGGGAAAGAUUGCCAAUGCCUCCAAAUUGCCCUCCUACCCUCUACAGCCUUAUGACAAAAUGCUGGGCAUAUGACCCCAGCAGGCGACCCCGGUUCACAGAGCUCAAAGCUCAACUCAGCACAAUCCUGGAGGAAGAGAAGGUUCAACAAGAAGAGCGCAUGAGGAUGGAGUCCAGAAGACAGGUCACAGUGUCCUGGGACUCCGGAGGGUCUGAUGAGGCGCCACCCAAGCCCAGCAGACCUGGUUAUCCGAGUCCACGAUCCAGUGAAGGAUUUUAUCCCAGCCCACAACACCUGGGGCAAGCCAAUCAUUACCAGGUUUCUGGCUACCCUGGGUCACAUGGAAUCACAGCCAUGGCGGGCAGCAUCUACCCAGGGCAGACUUCUCUUUUGGACCAAACAGAUUCGUGGAAUCAUAGACCACAGGAGAUAUCAGUGUGGCAGCCCAACACAGAGGACUCUUCGGCGUUAGACCUGCGAGGAAUUGGACAGGUGUUGCCAACCCACCUGAUGGAGGAGCGGUUGAUUCGACAGCAACAGGAGAUGGAAGAGGAUCAGCGAUGGUUGGAGAAAGAAGAGAGAUUUCUGAAACCUGAUGUGAGGCUCUCUCGGGGCAGCAUUGACAAGGAGGACGGAGGCCUGCAGUGUCCGACUGGAAACCAACACAUCUAUCAGCCUGUGGGUAAACCAGAUCCUGCAGCUCCACCAAAGAAACCGCCACGUCCUGGAGCCCCAGGUCACCUGGGCAGCCUUGCCAGUCUCAGCAGCCCCGGGGACAGUUACAACGAGGGUGUCAAGCUUCAGCCCCAGGAAAUCAGCCCCCCUCCCACUGCCAACCUGGACCGGUCCAAUGACAAAGUGUAUGAGAAUGUGACGGGCCUGGUGAAAGCUGUCAUCGAAAUGUCCAGCAAGAUCCAGCCAGCUCCACCAGAGGAAUAUGUACCCAUGGUGAAGGAGGUCGGCUUGGCCCUGAGAACGCUGUUGGCUACAGUGGAUGAGACCAUUCCCGUCCUGCCAGCCAGCACUCACCGAGAGAUUGAAAUGGCCCAGAAACUGCUGAACUCGGACCUGGGUGAGCUCAUCAACAAGAUGAAGCUGGCCCAGCAGUAUGUAAUGACCAGCCUCCAGCAGGAAUACAAAAAGCAGAUGCUGACCGCUGCCCAUGCCCUGGCCGUGGAUGCCAAAAACCUACUCGAUGUCAUUGACCAAGCAAGACUGAAAAUGCUUGGGCAGACAAGACCUCACUGAGCCUACCUAAGGAAGGCCUCUUGCUGGCCUCUCCAGCAUCCCACCAGCAGUGAGGACCCCGACUGUCCUCAGUCCACCACUUACAGCACCAACCUGUUUGACUGACAGCUGGUUGAAAUCUUCUCUCUCAUUAAUUUCAAGCGCAUUUUGGUUUGGGUUCAUUUUUGGUUUUGUUUUUCUAAUCAUGAUGUUCAGAGAAGUCUGGGAUCCAAAGCCUGGUGUUAUUCUGAGAAUGAAAACUGUAUAUGAGAAGCUUUUAAGAAUCCUGAAGAGCGAGUUAUGUUUUCACAGAAAUGGCCAAGGAAGUGAUGGAUUGAUUCCUGAACUAACGUAACUGCGUACUAGAGGAAGUAGAGGAUUCCGGGAAACCCAAGGGGCUGAGAAUUCUUUUGCCUACCACAGAAUCAUUAUCCAGACUGGGAUGUUGUUAGAAUUCCCUUCAGUUGCAAUAUGCUAAUACCACUUUACAAAGAAAGAAUAUAAAAAGCUAUAUUUUGAAGACUUGAGUCAUUUCAGGAGAGAGGGGAAAAAAAAAAGCUACAGCCCUUCUCAUCUUCCUGCCUUUUACUUUCAUGUGGAUAUGUAAAGACUUUGGUUGGAAACUAGCUGUAGAACACACUAAAAACUGUCGUCUUUUCCACCAGAAUAAUGUGCCAGUUUUUUGUAGCAAUGUUGUUUCUCUUGGAAGCAGAAAUGCUUUGUACCAGAGCACCUCCACACCGCACUGAGGAGAAGUUCCGGAACCAUCCCUGUUUUCCAUUUUUAUAUAAUUUAUAAAGAAAGAUUAAAGCCAUGUUGACUGUUUUACUGGAGCUGAAUAAGCCUUCAUUGUGUCUGUCUUCCCAGGAGAGAAUCAAGCAGAGCAGAGAGACUGGGUGUUCUUUCAAUGUCCAGUUAACUCCACCCAUUCUGUUAAAUAAUUUUGAAAGCUAUGCCCUCCCUUUAGUUUGUUGGGGGAUAUAAAUUAUUCUCAGGAAGAAUAUAAUGAACUGUACAGUUACUUUGACCUAUUAAAAAGGUGUUACCAAUUAA